CAAAGCUGAGUCCAAAACUUGAAUUCAAAUCUGAUCCACUAAAUAAAAAUAGGAUUUGGGUGUCUUGAAACUAGCCCUCAGCCUCGGGUGUUCCAAUCUGUUACCUUUCUGCCUGAGAGGAGGAAAUCUCAAUGAACAAUCGGGAAGCACAAGCUGACCAGACCGGCUCUUAUACUUCAAACCAAGACCCGAAUCCAUGUCCAAUCUGCCUUGCGUCCUUGGUUAAGGAAUCCUAUCUCGAUGCAUGUUUCCAUAAGUUUUGUUUCAACUGUAUUGUACAGUGGAGUAGGGUGGUUGCUAGCAAGAGCUCCGGCCAAUCAGCCUCUAUAAAAUGUCCUUUAUGCAAGACAGACAACUUUUCAAUAAUCAGUGGGUUUGAUGGAACCUGUUUUCAGCGACAUUAUGUAGAUCAAGAUUUUCGGAAUAGAUUUACCUUUUCAAAAGCACACAAGUAUAGAUUACAGUGCUAUUACAGUGAACCAGGUAUCUUAAAUGACAUAUUUGAUGUAUCACGGUUUUGGAAAUCCCGCAAGUAUCGUCAAUCAAAUAGUUGGCUUCAGAGUUGGUUGAAAAGGGAACUUCAAGCUUUAAUGCAGGAGGAAGAUGUUGACAUAGUCGUGCAUCACAUACAUGGUGUAAUUGAAUCAUUCUGGACAAGAAUUGAACACACUCGUGUACUAUUAAAGAAAUCUGCUGAAGCAUAUUGGCAAGACAACUUCAGGAUUGCCAUCACUGAAGCAGCAAAGCCUUUUCUAUUAGCAAGAACAGAUCGGUUUGUGAACGAGCUGGAGUUAUUUCUUGCUUCAGGAUUGAACAUUGAAGCCUACGAUGCAGUGUACAUGCAACGCUUGGGUUGGAACACUUCAGGUUCCAUUACCACUAAGCCUGUACAACAAGUAGUUCCAUUCUUGCAUAUCUUUGAUGUUGGCUCUGAUCAAGAUGAAUGAAAAUUUCCAUUCCCGAUGUAUUCUGAUUUUCUAAUCCUAUUAUGUUUCCUUUGAUGAUGUGCGACCACAACUUUAACCCACAAUGCAUAGCCUUUCUAUUUCAUUUCUUCAUCAUAAACAUGGAACAAUUGGAACCUCCAACUGAAAAUAGUUUAUUUUUUUUAAAUAUACGAACAAUAACUGUUCAACUGCA